AUGACUUUCAUCAGAGAAAACUGUCUUUGUUCUAUCUGCGGUGACAUACUUGACGAUGCGGUCGAACUGAAAUCGUGUCAGCACUACUUUUGUCACAGCUGCAUUUUUCAAUGGGAUAAGACUCAGAAAACAGCGAACAAGGUUUGCCCUGAAUGCCGGACUGCCUAUAAAUUCUCGGAUCGUCAACGUCCGCCGAGGAUUUUUCGCAAAAUUCUUUGCGAUUUGCAACUCGCGUGCCCGAAUGCGCUCUGUACGAUAGUGACGAAUUACGAUAACUUUAAGAAACACCAAAACGUCUGCGAAUGUAGAAAGGAACAGUGCGACUUUUGCGAGGAGGUUCUUCCGAAGAAAGACAUUCCGCAGCACUUGGAGGACUGUCCUAAGUACUUGAAAACGAUCAUCGACAAUCUUUCUAUGAAAAACGAUGAGUUGACAGAGUCGAUCGCAGCAUUGAGAAUCAAACUUGCCAAUUCUCAAGCUUGUGGAUACGAAAAAUGGAUCGAAACAAAGAUAAAUGACUGCGUGCGAUACAAACGACCUGCCAAACUGAAAAUUCUGAUGAAUUGGCCGACCGAAUCGAACCACGAAGUCAUUAACAGCACUGAAAAAUCAGUCAACAUUUCAAACUUUUCAAGUUGGUUCAAUUUUGAAGGCGGGAAAUUACGUCUAAUGGCGAUGGUGAAUAUUGACGAGAAGGGCAUUGAGCAUAAAUUUGUCGCGAUGGAGAUCAUCUGCGCGGAAUCGACGCAGACAGCUCACGCAGUGUGGAAAAUGACAUUAUCUUCUGCGGACAGAGUCAUUCUCUCGACAAAAAUAUUCAAGGUAAAAAGCGAAGAAGCUCACAACUAA